AUGAAACAACUCAGUGCAACCAUUGAAAAAAUACUAAAGAGAAUAGACAGAGAACUCGUCGAACAUACUAGGCUGGGUUCUGGGUUGUGGGGGGCUUUUAGUUAUGCAGGGACCAUUUACAAGGUGCUAUUUGAUGAUGUUAUUAGAAACUUGAAAAAAAAAGGUCUGAAAGAUCAAAAAAACCUAUUCAAGAGGAAGGCUAAUAUUAAUACAGUUAAGAAGGCUAAAAAGUUGAUAUGCGAUCUGACAUCUAACAGAUGCAUUGUUUUUCCUCCCGUUCUCGUAGAUAGUGAAGGAAAUGUCUGUGGAGAUUGCCUUGAUAAUUCAAAUCUUUCGCUUUGUCGGAUAUACUUUUUCUUCAAAUUUAACGAUAAGCUUGAAAGUAUCUAUUCCGAACUACUUGGGCCAUUCCUGGAUGCACUCCAAGGGGUCUUGCCAUUUACUGAAGGAAUCUAUUGCUCCUGCCCUCUGGAUUACAUCCCAGAAGAUGCACGGAAGUUUUAUACAGACCAAGGCACCAUACCUGCUGAAGAUUUGAUACUUGAUCUUUUAGUAGAGGGAUCUAGUAUGUUUCCCAACAACAUUAUUAGGGGCCUUUCCCGAGAGGCAAGACUGCUCUGUGUCAGUGUUUUCGAGGGGUGUUUUAAGGACGCCUGUGAGCUUUUUUCUAAGAACUUGAAAGAAGGGAUCCGGAAUGGGCUAGACGGUCUGAGGAAAAGUGUCACGGAGAUUUCCUCAAAAGAAGAAAGGGAAAGGCUGGAAGGGAUUCUUUCCCGUGCUGAGGGUAUUCUUAAGGUCCUCAUUGCAAAGGUUACGAUUUUCAAGAAGAAAUAUGAAAGAGCCAUCAGUAGCUUUAAGAAAGGUGAAGGAUCUUUUGCCAGAGAGUUUUCUGAACUUAAGGGGGAACUAAAAGGAGUUAGUAGCAAAGCAGCUGAUCUAGACUCUGUGGUUGAUGAGGUUCAAAAGGCUCUCACUCAAGCAUUUGGCCCUGAAUUCAUAACUAGUGAGCUUUUUGUAUUGAAGGAAGAACUAGAAGAAGUCGACGGGAGGAUGUUUGGUCAGGAACCCAUAGUGGACAGAACUGAAAAACCUCCUAUCCAAUCCGAUGGAAUAAGUAAUCUUUUUAGGAACUUACGCCUUGUGUUUGCAGCCAUUCUGGUGGUCCAGUGCAUCCUCUGGUAUCUUGAGGAGGAGGACAGUGCAACUCGGAGGGCGUGGAACACGGGGGUGUACUCGCUGGCCGUGGCAGGGACCAUUGUAUACCAGGUGUGGAGACUGGCAGCGAGGUACCGUGACGACGGGGUGAUUGGGAUGCUGAGGGAGGAGUGGACUGCAGUUGGGUGCAUUGUGCCGAUGGCAGCCGGGCUUCUCCACGGGGGCGUGGUCAGGAGCAGUGUGUACAGCAUGACGGUGGCAGGCAUUGGGGCCGUUAUGAUGGCUGUGCAGGGCGGUGUGCUGUGUGGGAUGUCGCUGAUGCAGGUGUGUGUGGUUGUGUGUGGGAACCUGGUUCUCGGGGCUCUGUGUGUUGGCGGAGACGGGGAGUGGAGCCUGUAUCUGUGUGUUGCGGCUGUUGCGUUUGCAUCUGUUCUGCUUCUCGUGUUGAAUGUUGGCGGGGGUGGAGAGAAGAGUGUUGGCGAGGGCAUUGAGAGUAUGGUGUUUGUGAUGAGCAUGCUUGUGUGUGUGUGUGUGUCGCAUGUGUGUGGACGGGACUACGACAUGGUGUAUGGGGGGGGGGGUGCCAGAAAAGUACCUUCGGGCUGGAUGAGGUCUACAUAG